AUGAUUACCACAACCGCCAUCGUUGCUCGUGAGCCCGAGCAGCCACUGAGCAUAAAUUGGGCCCUGGAAGAGGUCGAGGUAUAUACGCCUGGUGAAGGGGAAAUUCUGGUGGAAAUGCGUGCGACAGGCAUCUGUCAUACAGAUAUAGUUCUAUCAUCUGUACCGUCUGGAAGCCUUGGAAUCCAGUACCCAAAGAUACUGGGACAUGAAGGAGCCGGUAUUGUACGAGCGCGAGGCCAGAACGUGAAAUCCGUCGAGGUCGGAGAUCCAGUCUUACUCUCCUACUACUCCUGUUCAUCCUGCGAAUCAUGUCAGAACUCGCAUCCAGCAUAUUGCGACGUCUUUGCCAAGGAGAAUUACGUUGGACGGCAGGGAGGAAUGAAAAUAUGCAAAGCUGGGGAAGAGCCCUGGUCCAUGUACUUUGGUCAGUCUAGCUUUGCCCGACAUAGUAUAGUCAGCGAAGUUAGCGUUGUCAACGUCAAAAAUAUGCUCAGGAGUGAGGACGAGCUCAAGCUCUUUGCGCCAUUGGGAUGUGGAUUUCAAACUGGAAUGGGCGCUAUCCUGAACACUUCAAAUGCUGGCCCGGAUGAUGUCGUGAUGAUAUUGGGACUGGGCGCUGUUGGAAUGGGGGCGCUUAUGACUGCCAAAAUCCGUGAAUGCAAGGCAAUAAUUGUUGUCGAUAAGGUUGAGACGCGCCUUGAGCACGCCAAAAGACUAGGGGCAUCUCAUACUAUUAACACAGGGACCUUGGAUAACACAGGCUUAAAGGAUGCCGUUUGCCAAUUAUUUCCCUCCGGGGCUUCAGUGGUCAUCGAUACCACAGGGGUUCCUGCUCUGAUUGAAGAAGGUCUCCAAGCUACACGGAAAAGAGGCAAGCUGGUGCUUAUUGGGGUGGCUCCGUUAGGCUAUGGGCUUAAUGUCGAUGUCGUGCAGCAUGUAAACUUUUCAGCGUUAACCAUUUUCAUUUUUCAAUGA